GCUGUCAAGCCCAGGGCUCAGAAUCGUGGAGGGGGGGGAGGAAAAAAACGAACGUCGAGGCGCUGGCAGGAACCUGUCACUACAGAACAAAAAAUGUUUCACUUAAGGACUUGUGCUACUAAAUUGAGGCCACUGACAGCCUCGCAGACUGUUAAGACAAUUUCUCAAAACAAGCCAGCAGCGCCAAGGACGUUUCAACAAAUCAGGUGCUAUAGUGCACCUGUUGCUGCUGAGCCAUUUUUGAGUGGGACUAGUUCAAACUAUGUGGAGGAAAUGUACUAUGCUUGGUUGGAAAAUCCCAAAAGUGUACAUAAGUCAUGGGACAUAUUCUUUCGCAAUGCCAAUGCUGGAGCUGCUCCAGGUACCGCUUACCAAAGCCCCCCUCCAUUAAGUACUAGCCUAUCAACACUGACACACGCACAAUCUCUGGUUCAAGCACAGCCGAAUGUAGAUAAAUUGGUGGAAGAUCACCUUGCAGUCCAAUCUCUUAUUAGAGCGUAUCAGAUUCGAGGGCAUCAUGUAGCACAGCUCGACCCACUGGGCAUCUUGGAUGCUGAUCUGGACUCUUCCGUUCCAGCCGAUAUUAUCACUUCCGCAGACAAACUGGAUCUUGCAGUAUUCAAGGAGCGGCUGAGAGUGCUAACAGUAGGAGGGUUUUACGGCCUGGAUGAAUCGGACCUUGACAAGGUAUUUCACUUGCCCACUACCACGUUCAUUGGAGGAAACGAGUCUGCUCUCCCACUUCGGGAAAUCAUCCGCCGUUUAGAGAUGGCUUACUGUCAGCACAUUGGUGUAGAAUUCAUGUUUAUUAAUGAUCUGGAGCAGUGCCAAUGGAUAAGGCAGAAAUUUGAAACACCUGGUGUCAUGCAGUUCUCUAGUGAGGAGAAGCGCACCCUGCUGGCUAGACUAGUCCGAUCAACAAGAUUUGAAGAGUUCCUGCAUAGGAAGUGGUCUUCUGAAAAGCGUUUUGGUUUGGAAGGUUGUGAAGUCCUGAUCCCAGCUUUAAAGACAAUAAUUGACAAGUCAAGUGAGAGAGGAGUAGAUUAUGUUAUCAUGGGGAUGCCUCACAGAGGGCGCCUGAAUGUGCUUGCAAAUGUUAUUAGGAAGGAGUUGGAGCAAAUUUUCUGCCAAUUUGAUUCCAAGCUGGAGGCUGCAGAUGAGGGCUCAGGGGAUGUAAAGUAUCACUUGGGAAUGUACCACCGGAGGAUUAAUCGUGUCACUGACCGGAACAUCACUCUUUCAUUGGUUGCAAAUCCUUCCCACUUGGAGGCUGCUGAUCCUGUAGUUCAGGGCAAGACAAAGGCAGAACAAUUUUAUUGUGGAGACACUGAAGGGAAGAAAGUGAUGUCUAUCCUUUUGCAUGGAGAUGCUGCUUUUGCUGGGCAAGGUAUAGUUUAUGAGACUUUCCACUUGAGUGACCUGCCUUCCUAUACAACGCAUGGGACAGUUCACGUCGUAGUGAACAACCAGAUUGGAUUCACUACUGACCCCCGUAUGGCUCGGUCUUCUCCGUACCCGACAGAUGUGGCCCGGGUGGUUAAUGCACCCAUUUUCCAUGUCAAUGCUGAUGAUCCAGAGGCUGUGGUGUAUGUAUGCAAUGUGGCAGCGGAAUGGCGAAAUACUUUCCACAAAGAUGUAGUGGUGGAUCUGGUAUCCUACAGGCGAAAUGGACACAAUGAGAUGGAUGAGCCAAUGUUCACCCAGCCGUUGAUGUACAAGCAGAUCCGAAAGCAGAAGCCUGUGCUACAGAAAUAUGCUGAGACACUAAUUUCACAAGGAGUGGUAAAUCAGUCCGAGUAUGAGGAGGAGAUUUCCAAGUAUGAUAAGAUCUGUGAAGAGGCCCAUGCCAGGUCCAAGGAUGAGAAAAUACUUCACAUUAAGCAUUGGCUAGAUUCUCCAUGGCCGGGUUUCUUCACUCUGGAUGGCCAACCCAGGAGCAUGAUCUGCCCUUCUACUGGUCUGAAUGAAGAAGAUUUGGCCCAUAUAGGAAAGGUGGCCAGCUCAGUGCCUGUUGAAAACUUCACAAUUCAUGGCGGCUUAAGCAGGAUUCUAAAAACACGUGGGGAGAUGGUUACUAAUAGGACUGUAGACUGGGCUUUAGCAGAGUACAUGGCAUUUGGCUCUCUCCUGAAAGAGGGAAUCCAUAUCCGACUGAGCGGACAGGAUGUCGAGAGAGGAACGUUCAGCCAUCGGCACCAUGUCUUACAUGACCAGAACGUUGACAAGAGGACCUGUAUUCCCAUGAACCAUCUGUGGCCCAACCAAGCUCCAUACACAGUCUGCAACAGCUCUCUCUCAGAGUAUGGAGUGCUGGGAUUUGAGCUAGGCUUUGCUAUGGCCAGCCCCAAUGCUUUAGUGCUGUGGGAAGCUCAGUUUGGUGACUUCCACAAUACAGCUCAGUGUAUUAUUGACCAGUUCAUCUGCUCUGGACAGGCGAAGUGGGUGAGACAAAACGGCAUUGUACUUCUGCUUCCUCAUGGCAUGGAGGGCAUGGGCCCCGAGCAUUCUUCUGCCAGACCAGAGCGAUUCCUGCAAAUGUGCAAUGACGAUCCAGAUGUCUUCCCGAAACUCGAUGACUUUGAUGUGCGCCAGCUGUAUGACUGCAAUUGGAUUGUAGUGAACUGCUCCACGCCAGCAAACUUUUUCCAUGUUGUGCGGAGGCAGAUACUUCUCCCUUUCCGGAAGCCGCUGAUAGUCUUCACUCCAAAGUCACUGUUGCGCCACCCUGAAGCUCGGUCCAGCUUUGAUGACAUGUUGCCAGGCACACAUUUCCAGCGUGUUAUCCCAGAAAGUGGCCCUGCUGCACAGAAUCCAGAAGGGGUCAAGCGAGUUCUCUUCUGCACUGGCAAAGUCUAUUAUGAACUCACUCGAGAGCGCAAGACCCGCGCAAUGGAAGCAGAUGUGGCCAUCACAAGGGUGGAGCAGCUAUCGCCAUUCCCCUUUGACCUCCUGUUGAAGGAAUUCCAUAAAUACCCAAAUGCAGACCUGGUUUGGUGUCAAGAAGAGCACAAAAACCAAGGAUAUUACGACUAUGUGAAGCCUAGACUCCGCACAACCAUCGACCGUGCAAAGCCGGUGUGGUAUGCUGGACGUGUACCUGCUGCUUCACCAGCUACAGGCAACAAAAAGAAUCAUCUGACGGAACUGCAGCGCUUCUCAGAUACUGCCUUCAACCUCGACUCUUUCAAGGGCUUGUCUUAGAUACACUUGGAACUGGUUCCGCAGUGCACUCUGUGUAUUUCUGUCUGUCUGCUCACUUCCUUUCUAUGUCCUUAACUAUAGACCUUGUAAACUAACUUAAGGCGUCUAUUAUUAACCUCUUGUUUGCGUUGAGGAACUGCCUCUUCAAUAACCCUGUCCAGAACGCUUGUGUUAAGUUCUCUCUUCUGUAUGCUGCAGCUCAAACCUCUGGAGCAGUGUGGUGUCACUCCAGCACAAACCUUUAUGAAAAACCUUGGGCCUUGCCGGCUCCACUGCUCCAAAACUUGAGGCCUUUGGAGGGACUGGCAUUUGCCUUCCAAGUGAGUCUUCAUGUUGGAGACUGUGAUGACUCCAGGUAAUGCACGAGUCAUUGUUUCGAACGCAAAAGUGAUUCUGGAAGCAGGCACUGCUUUUAAAUCCCCAACACAAAUAUGCCCACCUGGAGAGGUAAGAGGUGUGGUGGUCGUUUCACUCCCCUUGUCUCCCUAGAAAUGUUUGAUCUGGCCUAGCUCUUCGAUUGUGUCAUGAGUUCCCCGUUCCUUAAGCACCACAUCCCUAGCACUGAAAAUCCUGGGCUAGCACCCUAAAUCACUGCUGCUGAUUUCUGUGGUUUAGCAACCUAGCAUUGUCCAUACUGAACACACAGACACCCUGCAUUCAGUCAUUCUUCUGCAGAAGGUUUAUUCCCUUCAGUGAAGAAGAUGGAAUUACCAAGCCAGGCACUGAUCUGGUUUGGUUUUAUAAAACUGCAACACUUAAUAAUCCUUUAUCACAUCUAAGGGUAGGAAUCUGUUAUUUAGUGGAAUCUAAGGGCUCUGUUACAUAGUCACCAUAGCUAUAGCUAUAUGGGCCUUCUGGUUUGCUUCACUUUCAGGCUGUGACUAGAGCUUGAGACAUCUAUAUUUGGAAAUUAUGAAAAUUCACUGGGUUCCCACAAACAUGUCACUUAUGAAAAAAAAACUUGAUAUAGAUUCUUAAAUCUUACCAAAGUGCAUCCUUGCUUAUCCUAUAAUUCUGUAUCAGGAGCAAAGCUGCAUUUGAGACUCUGUUCUAUUAUUUGAGCAGAAGGGUGAUUUUUCCCUUCACAGUGUAUGAUCAUAUUGCACUUGCUUUCCUUUGUUCCAGACAAAUGGGGUCAAUCUUUGGUCUACACUUACUUCAAAUUUUUCCUCCAUAGUGAUGGUUCCCCAGUGUUGUACUUGGAGUUUAGCAAUGUUUUUAAGGAUUACUUAUGCUUAUGGAAUUGGCGGAUGGGAUAAGUUUUUUUUAAAGGCUGGAAAAAACAUUGUUGUCCCUAUAAAACUUUCGAGGAGUCCUAGAUCAUACCUAAGUGGCAUUGUUGAUAUGUAGCCUGGAAGAAUAAUUUUUGUGUCAGUGUUUCUGACAUGCACAUGGCUUUCUAUUCAGAUAGAUAAAUGUGCCCGUAGGCUCAAAUAUAGAUAUAAAAAUCCAAUCUUCCUUGUUGCUGGAUUGAAGUGUUGCUUGCCCUGUGGUAUAGAGAAAGGAGCUUAUGGUAUAAGCUCCUUGCUCUAUGAGUUUAUACCAUAAGCAGAAGUUAGGACCACAUGAACCUUUGAUUGGAGCAGUAACUUCUACCUACUUCUCAUUGAGAAGCCUUGUAAUUCAGGAGAAGACCAAACACAGAGCCCAUGUAGUGGGGAUACUGGUGAAAUCAGUAAUAUUUUAUGGCUUUAAGCAGAGAGGCUUUGAGGUAGUUCCAAACGUCUUUUAUGUGAUUCUCUCCCACUGUAGCCUUCUGCCUUUCUGGGAUUUCUCAGGUGUUGGGGGUUUCUAAGCUUUGAACACAUAUCCUGCUGCCAGAACAAGGCCCAUCUCAAUAGUUAAUAUCAUAACAAGAUAGCUCAAAAUUUAUUCCAGAUGAGCCUGAAAGUUUCUACUUCACAGUGGGUUAUCUUGAUUGACCUUAGCAGUGCUGAUGUCCUUCAUGUUCCUCCUAAAAUCUAUAGCCUCAAGAGCAACCACAGUUCAAUCCACAGUCUUUGUGGCCUUUGUGCCAGGGACUGUUGAUAUUACUCGGUUCUUUUUACCCAACUGCUGAUAAUUGGCUAUUGCUUCCAGUCAAAGUCAUUAUGCAGUGGUCUGCCAGUAAUAGAAUGUACCUCAGUGCUUUGGCUGUCGCUUCCUUUUUUCUCCAUGCAGCCAGCACAGUGUCACAUGGUGGCAAUGGCGGCAGUGACUUGAUUGGCAAGGAUGCUCAAGAGAUAAAAUCCUGAACAUAGCAGUGCCUGCUUUGGAGCGAUCAUACAGCACAUGCCAAGCUGCAUUUCUACCUAAGUCUGUCUAUUCUGUUUCAAUUCCCUGAGCUUCGGAAUGUGGUCUGUACAUGCUGACACAUCAUCUUGGAACCUCCCAUCCCUCCCCCUCAAAAUCUGGACUCUUUGGCUGUCUUCAGUAUCUGCCUGGCUGACCUCUGGGCAUUUCUGAGAGAAGCACAGCUUCUUCUAUCUCCUCCCUUUCUUCUGUGUGUGCUGCCAGCCGUACCAAAAGCGUGUGCCAUCUUGUGAAUAAAGACUUUUCUAUAAUAUAAGCAUCUGUGCUGCUUCACUAGUGGGAACAGCACACUCCAAAAGUGAUUCGCAAUGUUAGAGGGGUAGGGCCGUCAAGGCGGUGGUUUUAUGGUUACUUGUGGGACUGCAAUGUUUUGUUCUUUAGCUCUGCCGAAGAAAAAAAUCCUGGUGUCUAACCUUUGCCAAAGCUAAGGGCUAGUGGGAGAGGAAGGUUUUCUCUUCUGAGAUAGUGCUACCCUGGAGCUCCCCAAAAACUCACAGCCUGAUUUAUUUAUUUUGGUUUUAAAAUAAAAAUCAAACUGAGAUGUGUCUGGCUUAAACAAUAAAGCCUGAUCCCUUCUGGCUAA